AGCAAUCAGAGCAGUAUACAUAAUUUUGUAGAUCCGAAUGGGCUAAAUUAAUUUACUCUAGGACUGGGGAGCUAAAUAAACAUUUACUCUGGGAUGUGGGUGGGUGGUGGGUGGGAGAAAGAUAAGGUGAUAAAGGUAGGAGGCCCGGAAAAUUAUAGCAAGAACAAAAUCAGCACAGUAAAUCUAUGGAACAAAGCUCAAGAUCACGAAAAACGCAUGUAACAUCAAUACCGGACGUCAAAUAGGACGGCGAGUUUCCGUGGCGAUCGACAUCGGAAGCGCAGACUCAGCACGAUCACCAGCAGCAACAGCAGCAGGAGCAGGCGGCGCUGCACAGUCGGCUGACGCAGCAGGCGCAGCUGAUCGCGCACUACCGGCACGAGCUGGUGCCGCGGCUGCGCGGAGACAUCACGCGGUUGCGCUCGGAGAGCAGCGCGCUGCUGUGCCGACUGCGACACGCCGAGCGACAGCUGGCCAUGAAGGAGCAGCACGCGGCGCUGCUGGAGCAGCAGCGGCACGAGCUGCGCGCGCAGCUCGAUAGCGGCCGGCUGGACGUGCCGGCGCUGGUGGUCAGCAUGCGCAGCACGCUCUCCCAGCUGGAGGCGAGUCUGGCGCAGUCGCACGAGGAGUGCUGCCGGCUGUUCGCCGACGUCUCCAUGCUGAAGACGGAGAAGGCGCUGGUGAGUCGCGAGCUGCACGACACGGAGCGGCGCGCCGAGGCGCUGCAGCGCGACACCCAGCGCCAGAGCGAGGAGCAGGAGCGCCGCGCCGCGCAGCUGGCCGAGCGUUUGGCGCAUGCUCAGAGCAGGGCCGACCGACUGGCCGACCAGCUGGCCAGGGCUGAGGGUCAGGCGCGUCUGGAGCGGACUGCGCAGACACACGAACUGCAGCGCGUGCAGGAGGAGAACAUCGGUCUCCGGGAACAGAUUGACAACCUGUUCGGCAUUCUGGCCAAAAAGGACGAGACGGCGUACAAACUCUGCUCCAAGCUGCUCACACUGAAGGAGGCGCGCGACCAGAAGGAUACUGAAGCGCUGGAGACGAUGGCCAAAUACCAGCGCGUCAUCGGUAAGGUCCUCGACCAACUCAAUGACGUCAACAUGGAAAACCUGCUACUCGUCUCCAACCGGCUUCAGCACAACCAACCGCAGCAGUACAAGAUGCUGCUCGAGAGCCUCAAGUUCAAAAUCUACCUGGAGACGGAGAACGCCGGCAUGACGCAGGAGGCCAACCGACUGCGCUACGAGAACUCGUACCUGAAACAGGCCAACCGGCAGCUGACCGAGGAACUGCAGGACGUGCGCCUGCGCCUGCUGCCCCAGGAGCUGCGCGAGGAGCGGGUCGAGCUGCGCGACGGCCGGCUGACGCGCGCGCGCCGCGCUUCUCACACGCAGACGGAGCCGGAGAAGCGCGCGCCGUCGCCCACCGCCGACUCACCGGUACCGGCCGACUUCCCCACGCCCGAGACGUCCUCCCAGUCGUCCGUAUCACUGAGCUCACUGCCGGAGAGCCAGCAGCGCGCGCCGCCGCCGGUGGCCGUGCAGGCGGGCGGCCGGCCGCGGCGACAGAGGCGACGAGACACGGCUGGAGGACGGCGGAGGGUCGUCACAUGGGGUCAACUGCUGGAGGCUGAGCCUGAGGAUGCCGCCGCCGAUCGCCUGGACACGGCAGCGGUGACACAGAUGAUCCAGCUGGCCGCCGCGCAGAGCACCGAGCUGGAGCAGCUCGGGCACAGCGUGGAGCUGUCGGACGAGGACUGAGCUAGCCGCGAGGGAAGGUGACGCCCACAACUCGACCGUUGUACUAUACUGUACUAUACUGGCACUGAUUAGGAUUCGUGAGGUUGGAUAAUUUUUAUAUCCAAGACAUCUGAAGCUCACGAGAAGAAAAUUGAAGAGAUUUACGAUGGAUCAAAGAUACCUAGCUAAAAACAAAACAAAAUCGAGUCCGCUGAAAAGUACAGCUAUGUAUGAACGAUGAGCACGCGCCAAGGGGCUGACUCAUGCGUGUUUUUGAGCUGCCAACAGCCCCAUUUGGGCAGACUGAUAAGUGAUUUCCACAGCUGUGCCGGGUGCCCACGUUUAAGCACGAACACAAAGAACACCUGAUUUGACGGCCUCCCUACAAGGCAAUGCUUGAACAGCGCUGGAGGCAGAAUUUCUGAGCUAAUACGCCUCCUGGGGCAAGUUAUCAAAUUACAAUUGUCGAUGAUCAUUCCACAGAAGAGUCAAGAGAUGUUUGAAUAUCGGAUAGGGAUGCUUACGUGGUACGAUAGUAAAGAUAUUGUACGGAUUUUCAAACGGCGACGCCAAAAACUUUAUUUCCAGUUCAUCAUUUUUGAAGCCCACCUUUCCUAACCCUCCGUGUGUCGCCAGCCUUAGCCGAAACAUUCGUCAGUCUGUGCCGCCAACCUAUCUCGUGAUACCCGCUAGUCUGCCAGGUGACACGGGCACUUAUGAGGCAGGUUCGCAUCUGGCGACAGCAAGGCAGCCAAGUGGUUAGUAAUGGCAGCCGACCAGGAUCAGCCCGACGGGGCGCCAGCUGUGACAACCGACACGCGACGGCCGGUCACAGGGGGGGGGGGGGGAGGGAGGUCAGGCAGAGGGCACAGCACGGGCAAGUCAAACGGCAGGAGUGGAAACAGCGAGAGAGGCUGCUAUUUGCAUAUCUUUUGUCAACCGGGGUUGGGAGAUAUUGUUAACGGCAAGUUUUAUGUGUAGAGAGAAUGAUAAGCCGCUUUAUGCGCGGCUUAUGUGACUUGGCAAUCAAUGUCACGCUACGAGAAUGAUUGAUAAUAUAAUUGCAACAGCGAAA